CUUUUGUACAGUGGAAGGCGGUGGGAUUACUGACUGACGUAAGAGUGGAGUGUGUGUGAAUGUAGCACACACACACACACACACACACACACACGGAGCUGAUAACAUUAAAACACUGAAAGCUGUAGAAGGUCCAGUCGGUAAUAUUGUCUGAAACAACCAGCUUUCGUUGUUAGUGUUAGCAGUGGCGGAAGCCAACGUGCCUCUUCCAGUAGCUGUGUUGCAUCUGCUUCUGCCCCACCCAAAUCUGUUUCCCCUUCCCCCUGGAGCGUCAACAGUACAGUUAUGGUGGAUGUAAGCAAAUGGCCCCUGUUCAGCCUCAUGAGCGCACAGGAUGCUGCAUCAAUACGUCAAGCGUGCGUGUUUGGAACAUCUGCCAAUGAGGCAAUCUACAUCACCCAUGAUAACGAGGUGUAUGUCUUUGGGCUGAACUGCAGCAACUGCUUGGGCACAGGGGACAGCACAAGCACCAUCGUCCCUAAAAAGCUAGAGUGUCUGAGUGGGAAGAAGGUGGUCAGUCUAAGCUAUGGCAGUGGGCCACAUGUUCUGCUUGCUACAGAGGAGGGUCAGCUGUACGGAUGGGGACAUAACGGAUACAGUCAACUGGGUAACGGGACCACCAAUCAGGGAGUGUCUCCUGUGCUUGUGUCCACUAACCUACAGAACAAGAGGGUGAUCGAGGUGGCUUGCGGAUCGCACCAUUCAGUCAUCCUGACCCAUGAUGGAGAGGUGUUUGCUUGGGGUUAUAAUAACUGCGGUCAAGUAGGGUCAGGAUCCACAGCCAACCAGCCCACGCCACGCAAGGUCUCCAGCUGCCUCCUUAACAAAGUCGUGGUCAGCAUAGCCUGUGGUCAGACUUCCUCCAUGGCAGUAACGGACAACGGAGAGGUGUAUGGUUGGGGGUAUAAUGGUAAUGGACAGCUUGGUUUAGGGAACAACGGAAAUCAACUGACACCCUGCCGGCUAGCAGCAUUACAGGGUGUUUGCGUCCUUCAGAUUGCCUGUGGUUAUGCCCACUCACUGGCUCUAACAGAUGAGGGACUGUUGUAUUCAUGGGGAGCCAACACUUAUGGCCAGCUUGGUACAGGGAACAAGAGCAAUCAGCUCAGUCCUGUUCAGGUCAUGGCUGAUAAAGAGAGGAUCGUGGAGAUAGCGGCCUGCCACUCCACACACACCUCGGCAGCGAAGACUCAGAGUGGCCGGGUAUAUAUGUGGGGCCAGUGCAGAGGCCAGUCCAUCGUCUUACCUCACCACACUCACUUCAGCUGCACCGACGACGUCUUUGCCUGCUUUGCAACACCAUCUGUCAUGUGGAGACUCCUGUCCAUGGAGCACGAUGAUUUCCUGACCGUGGCCGAGUCUCUGAAGAAAGAGUUUGACAGCCCUGAGACUUCAGACCUCAAAUUCAGCAUAGAGGGCAAAUUUAUUCAUGUCCACAAAGCAGUGCUUAAAAUUAGAUGCGAACACUUCAGAUCCAUGUUUCAGUCCCACUGGAAUGAAGAUAUGAAAGAGGUGAUUGAGAUCGAUCAGUUCUCCUACCCCGUCUACAGGUCCUUCCUCGAGUUCCUCUACACAGACACUGUAGAUCUUCCUCCAGAGGAUGCCAUUGGAUUACUGGAUCUGGCAACUUCGUACUGUGAGAACAGGCUAAAGCGGCUGUGUCAGCACAUCAUAAAGCGGGGCAUCACUGUGGAAAAUGCUUUCUCCCUGCUUUCUGCUGCAGUCAGAUACGACGCUGAGGAUCUUGAGGAAUUCUGCUUUAAGUUCUGUGUGAACCACCUGACCGAGGUGACUCAAACAGCAGCGUUCUGGCAGAUUGACGGGAACAUGCUGAAGGAGUUUAUCUGUAGAGCCAGCCGCUGUGGAGCUUUUAAAAACUGACUAAAAUAUAACAAGCUAAAUUUUUUCUCCCAAGUGCAGCUGUUACUACUAAACUCAUCCACACCACUAGAGGGCACUCUACUUUUAUUGCCUGCACAUUGAACACCCCCCCCCCUUUUUUUUGUUUGUUUGUGUGGCUUUAUUACAGAUUUCUGUUACAGACCAACUGGAGAAUUGUUGCUAUGACAUGAACCAAUUUUAGGUUUAUUAGAUUUAUCGUGAUUUUUUUUUUUGAGUUGUUUAUGUUUCAGAAUAUAGGUACUGUAAGACUACAGAGACUAGACAUUAGACUUUACAGCACUUAGUCUGACGGCCAUCUUCUCCUCUGUUACAGAGAUGUGCAACCUGUCAGGGUUUAACUCUAUAAUCCUUGCUAGGAUCUCAGUAUAAUUCACAACUGGCAGUGUAGAGUCACAGUAAUGUCCUUAACAUGCCUGCUGGCUUUAUUGGGCUUGUUUGUACUUGUAGUGGGAUCUGAAUAACACUUUUUUUUUUAAAAAGGUAUUUGGAUCAUCUUGCUAUACUAUGCAUCACUGCACAAAUCUCUCCCCCCCCCCAUCCAAUCCUCACCCCCUCAAUCAGCAGAGUCAGGGUUAAAGUGAUGGGAGAGAUUAGUAAGUGUUUUUCUUUUUUUUUCCUAAUCUGGUGCAGCUCAUUUAUUAUUUUCAUAUUUUAUACUGAUGUGAUCAUGGAAUACGUGUUGGGGCACCUCCUCAUAUUUGCUGCUCCAGUGUUGACCAUGACACUUUGGCGUCUCUAAGUCUUCAAUCCACUGCAUUCCACAGAUAGAGACAUAGAGCACUACACAUGUCUGCUUUUUAUUUAGAAAUUCUAUGUACUAUGCUACUUCUGUGUAGCAAUGCUUGUUAAGUUUAAGGAUGCUCAGUUAAAAUUAGCUUCAGUUCCCUAAUCUAUAUGAUCCUUUCUAAUAUAUACUAAGUAACAUAGGAAUUUCUGCUGACUGAGAAUUUUAGGCAAACAACCAGCUGGACACGAAGAUGCACGUUGGAAAUGCACUGCUCCUGAUAUUUAGUGACUACAUAGACGAUUAUAAUGACUAUUCACGACGCGGAAAGGGAUUCAUUACUGACCUCUUGCUCAAUAAUAACAGCCCUCUCCUUUUGCUACUGUUUUCUUCUUGCUAAUGAACCCAGCUAAAUUCUCUUGACUUUGCAUAUUUAAGGUAACACAGCGAAUCUGCUUUGAUGCAAUACUCAGUGCUGGAUCAAUGGACCUCAUAUUUACUUGCAUUAUUUUCAUUUUGUAUGACUUUUGCUUCGUGGUGGUUUAUGCUUGAUACGUGUAACAAAGCAGAAAGUGUUCAUUUUUUGUGAUAUGUAUAUACUGUAUAGGUUUUGCACUAAAUUUAAGUGAUUUAAAUACAGUGGUUUAUCAAGACUGCAGUGAUGUAAGAUAUUAACUGUUAUUAAAAUAAAAUAAAGCAAACGUAAAUCGA